UUUAUUUAUUCUUGGUAUGUCUAUAACUCAUCUCUAUUGAAUUUAUGAAUGCAGCCUACUGAAACCUGUUGCUGAGCCCUAUCUGUCUUCUUCUGUUUCUUUUCGUUAUUGCUUUUCAUCUUAUUUUGCUUUUUACGUCUUUAAAUUGAGCCUAAUAACAGGAGAAGAUUAGACAUCACAUUUAGACUUGAUUGUAUUUGGGCUUACCAAAAUUAUGGAGAGUGGCAAGUCAAAACAUCUAUUUGACCUUCAUCACCAUGUGAUGAGUAUAAUAAUUCAACACAAGCAGAAAUAUGGGUUUUGGAGAACACAGACUGGUGUAAUUAACAGUUUAUUUUCUCACGUGCUAAAGAACAACGAUUUAACCAGCACAGCAGGAUAUGAUGCCAUUAUUCAAUAUCACAAUGAGGGGAAAAGAACUUGUAAAGAGGUGGAAGACUUUCUGAAAGCCAGAGCGGGAAUUGAAGAGAAAUACGCUAAAGACCUACUUGGUUUGUCAAAGAAAGUGUGUGGUCACAGUGAAAUGAACACUUUAAAAAGGUCCUUGGACAUUUUUAAAUUGCAAAUGGAAAAUGUCAGUCUUGCUCAUUUGCAGCUGGCACAGAGCAUGAGAGAGGAGGUAAAAAAACUGGAGGAAUUUAGAGAAAGACAAAAGGAAGCCAGAAAAAAGAUAGAACAACACAUGGAUGCUCUUCACAAACAGAAGGUGUCACAGUUCAAGAAAACACUGGAUUCAAAAAAAACAUAUGAGCAAAAAUGCAGAGAUAAAGAAGAGGCAGAUCAGAAUGUGUAUCGAAACACCAACAACUCCAAGAACAUCGAGAAGGUAGUGUCAACUCGUUUUAACACUUUCACUCCUUUCAUACUUAUUUGUAUGCUAUUAACCUGUAUUGCUGGUUUGACUAACUUGUUGUUUAAGUUUAAUGCAAAAGCGCAGCAGGCCAAACUGAACUCAGAAGAAGCUGACAGGUCAUACCAGCAGAAUGUCUCCACGCUGGGAAAUAUUAGAGAUGAGUGGCUGAAGGAACAUAUGAAUGCAUGUGAGAUACUUGAGAAGCAGGCUAUAGAAAGAAUAAACUUUGUCAGAAACACAGUAUGGACACAUUUAAACCUAUUAUCACAGCAGUGUGUUACCAGUGAUGAGCUGUAUGAGGAAGUUAGGAAGUCUUUGGAACAAUGCAACAUUCAGGAAGAUAUCGAUCACUUUGUAAAUCUUAGGCGAACUGGAGACAAGCCACCAGGUGCACUUGUGUAUGAAAAUUUCUAUAGUGGUCAGAGAGCUUCACUUGCAACACCUCUUGCUCCUCAAAUGCCUCCACCAGUCAAUAGGAGAGAGGCGCUCCCAGUUCCAGGAAGUCCCAGUGGCGGACCAAUCUAUUCAACUGUGCAAGAUACAGAGUACAGUGUGGUCAGACACUAGUGUAGCAGCUUCAAAUGUGUAAAAAUCAACUUUGUGUGUGACUGAAAGAGCAGUGCAUCUCAUACCAUUUGUUUUUUGUGUAAUGCACAGCAUAGUGCAGUUCUCAAAAUCUCAAGACCAAGGCAAAUGCAAAAGGAAUGAUAGAUCAAUUGCAACAAUUUGAAUCAGGCAAAUAUUUUUAUUUAAUUAAAAAACUUAAAUUAAGAAAGUGCUUCCCAUAUACUGCAUGAAGUUCUUCUGCAGUCUGCAACUUCUCAUUUUUGUAAAACUUUCCCAUCCAUCCCCUACAUGUUUUUGAUGUACAGUGAGCAGCAUUGCCAAAAUAACACUGUUACUAUGUUACUAUGUUAUUGUCCUGAAGAAGUCUAUAGUACAGUUCAGGAGGUGCUAUGCAUUAGUAUGUCUUUACCUACCCAUUUGAUUGAUAUAGAUUAACUAAAUUGUUCUAAGAAGAUAAUCCUAACAUAAAUCUAUCAUUUUGAAACAUGCAAAAAUAUAGAAAUAGAAAUGCUAGAAAUAUUUACCUGGUUUUAAGAUUUUGAUCAGGACUGUCUUAAUCUCAGGGUUGUGGGCAUAGUUGGGUUCUAGUGUUAUGUAUGUCCGUAGAGCCAUUUUCAUGUCACUGUAACUUAAAAUCCUUUUGCUUUGUGUGAAUUUCCUGAUUUCUGAAGACACCCAAAAUAAUCCAUUCAACAAUCAACAGUUUGACAAAAUGUACUAUUUACACCAAUAAACCUGAUAAAACUAA